AUGACCAUUAGCUCCUGCUUUCGACAGAAACAACGGACUAUGGGUAUAGAACUUGAUGAUAGAAGGUUGAGGCAUUUAAAAAAGUGGCUAGACCGGGCUUUAGAUCCGCCUACGACAGACGAGAGCGUCACAGCCCUUGUGAAGGACUAUGUACUACAGGUACUACUAGAGUGCGACAUCGCAGCUGUGAAGGGCCGAAAGAACGAGUUCUGCGAGCAGAUGAGCCAGUACCUGGCAGGUAUGGUGAAGGACCACAGCUGUCUAGAUGGGUUGUUUUAUCAGCUAGUGGACUUAGGCGAGCCUCCCGCGGGGAAUAGUUGCGGGCGACAGCUGCGUGUCCUGAAAAUCCCAGCGGACCGGCUUCGCUGGGAAACCUUGCGUGCGGAGUUUGCGCCUUUUGGAGCGGUCACCAGGGCGAGGAUUGAUUACGUGCAUCGUGAGGCAUUCUUGGAGUAUGCGGAUGCGGCCAGCGUCGUCCGAUGUUGUUCGGUCCGGAAGGCUUUCUUGGGGAACCGGUUCGUUGAGGUGCAGCCUGCUCGCGAGGCGUGGGAAUCACUAAGCGGUGUCGACGUCUGGCCGCCGGAUCACGAAACAACUGUGCCCGAGCAUGGAUCAUCUGGGGUGCCUCCGCGAACUGGUGUUGUCUUGGAUCGUGGACGUGCGCCUCGCCUGUCAUCUUCAGAGCCCUCCAGUCAGCGUAUCAGUUUUGCAUUGCUUCGACAGAAAGAAGCUCUCCUAGAAAAGUACCAAGUUAAGUUAUCACAGCUGGUGUCUACUCUUAAGGCCGGUACUUCUCAAGAGGACGCAACCUAUGCCCGGGUCAGGCUUGGGGACUUGAGAACGGAAAUGCAAAAGUUGCACAUUACCCCCAGUGACCUGUUGGAAGAAAAGUUCAGACUGUUGGCUCUUCACGAGCCUUGUAAAGCCAUAAGUAUUACGCUUCUUCCUUAUUCUAGUAAUCGUAAACCUCCCGGGAUACGUCCUACUCUAGUAUCACGGCGUAGGCCAGCAAUGGUGUCAUCACGGGCACGGAAGGGAUAUUGUGUGACCAAAGGAUAUAAACACAGGAAAUCUGUAAUCCCCAGCUCGAAUCUCCUCAAGAGGUCCCGCUCUUAG